AUGGCAUCAUCUCGCUACGACCUCGAUCUCAAUCUCACAUCAGCAAAAUCACUCAAGAAUGUCAACUGGCGCUACGGCCCUAACAAACCAUACGCCGUCGUUUGGGUUGAUCAAGCCAACAAAUUCACAACCAAUGUAGACUCAAAUGGCGACACGGAAGCUGAAUGGAAUCAACCACUGAUCCUCCCUUUGCCACUAAAACCGCUCGAAGAUCUCACUUUAUACAUCGAUAUCGUUCACGCUGGAUUUGAAGAAGAUACUAAGAAACUCAUCGGCUCGGCUCGGCUUAAUCUUGUUGAUGUUCUUGAUGUUGGAAUCGGCGAGCGUGUGAGUCGCACGCUCACAUUGAAACGGCCUUCUGGAAGGCCACAAGGAAAGGUUGACGUUAAGGUGGGGAUCAGAGAGAAUGCUUAUCAUGCGCAUCGUGCGUAUUAUCCUCCUCCUUAUGGUGUUCCACCUCCUGAAUCAAAUUCGCGGGAUUAUUCCUCUGCUUCGCAGGUGUAUGGUUAUCCAUACGGUGCACCUGCUCCACCUCAGCAACAUGGAUCGUAUUAUUCUCCUACGGCACCAUCGGGGUACUCUCAAACGGUGUCGUAUGGGCAAGGGGGUAAUUAUGUGUCGCAAACGACGGCGUAUGGUCAAGAGGGUAAUAAUUAUGGGGAAAAGACGUCGUAUGUACGAGUGGAGGAAAAGAAGAAGAGUAAGUUUGGUGGGAUGGGGACGGGAUUGGCUGUAGGUGCGGUUGCUGGGGUACUUGGUGGAGUCGCAUUGGUGGAAGGUGCUGAAUAUGUUGAAGAUAAGAUUGCUGAUGACGUGGCAGAGAGGGUUGAGGAUGAUCUUGGUUACGAUGAUGAUGAUUUCUAG